UCAACGCAGCACACUCGCAUACCAGGAAACCGAAACGCAUCAAGGCUAGGCGCCGCUGACCAUGGACAGGAUCUUGGCUUUCUCGAUCCUCAGCUCCUCGCCCGCGGAAAUCCCGGGUGCCGGCUACAGCACGCCCACGCGCCUUUCCUGGAGGGGUGGCAGCGGGGAGCAGCCGGAGAAAGCGGCGGACAAGCAUCGGCAGGAGGAGAAGGUCAACCAGGGCUCUCGGCCGGAGAAGAAGCGGGAGGUGCGGUUCGCCCCGGAGUUCGACGGCAUCAACUGCUUCGAGUCCAUCAUCUCCUUUUGAGCGGCUGAUCCGCUGUUGUCUCGGGAUAGUUAUCGAGCUUCAUAUCUAUUUUUGCUGGUUGCUUAAUUAGUGAUGAUGAGACAUGUAUUUCUCAAAAAGAAAAUGUAAAUAUGUGGGCCCGGGCGACGGCCGAAGCUUUCGGCCGGUCUCACGCGCGACGCCCGAUUUAGUGGGAUCGUGCAGCUUCCCCACGCGCACGUUUUAUUAGUGUGGACCCACACACCGCUUUGACCU